GUGCACACUGGCUCUCUCACACUGCUGAUUGGUCGCCUCUUUCAAGCUUAUUGGAUGGUUAUUUAUACCUAAUGGGGUUGUUAAGGGUUGGUGUCUGUGUGACUAGCAGUACAGUGUCUAGCAGUACAGUGUGUCUAGCAGUACAGUGCGUAGCAAUACAGUGUCUAGCAGUACAGUGUCUAGCAGUACAGUGUGUCUAGCAGUACAGUGUGUCUAGCAAUACAGUGUCUAGCAAUACAGUGUCUAGCAGUACAGUGUCUAGCAGUGUAUCAGUAUGCGUCGAGUUACUUGUUCAGUAUACCAGGACCACAGUGUGGGCAGAAUGUUACGGAGGCGUCUCGGAGUCGUGUUCACUGCCGUCCUGCUAACACCUGCGUUUGUUCUGUUCUUCGUAAGUAAUCCAGAUCUGGUGGGGAACAAGAGCUGGUACAGAGGAUGGCAGAGCUUCGUGAACGGCUCCGUCACGCUGAGAUGAUCAACCAAGAACGGCUACAGGAUGUUAUUCUACUGUCACAAGUUCAACGUUCUUAUCCAACCAGACAUCAACAACAAGUCAGCCUUCAGGACAUCAUUAUCGCAAGAGACAAGAGAACUACUGGUCAACCUCAGCCAGACCUCAGAUAUACCUCCCUCAAUCUACAGCUACCUGCCGCACCUCUUGCACACCCCCGCUGCCUACCCGGCCUUCAAGCUGUCCAAAGGAAGGCAUUCUGCCACCAUGGUUCUGGGUGUACCAACAGUCAAGAGACAGGUCCAAAGUUACCUCAUGACGACCCUAAGAAACCUCAUAGACUCCAUGACGCUCGAAGAAUGAGAGACAUUAUGCGUCUUCGAAGUGUGUUAUGUUGGCGAGUGGGACCUUGAAUAUGUCCGACAAGUGGCCGCCCAGAUAGAGAAGAAAUUCCUGGAACAUCUUGAGAGUGGAUUACUUGAAGUUAUAUCUCCACCCCAGACCUUCUACCCUAACAUGAAUAAACUGAGACAGACUCUUGGUGACCCCAUGGAACGCGUCAGAUGGAGAACGAAGCAGAAUCUGGACUUUAUGUUCCUGAUGAUGUACGCACAGCCUAAGGGGACAUUCUACGUGCAGCUAGAAGAUGACAUACAGACCAAGAAAGGUUAUAUAGCCACCAUGAAGAAGUUCGCUCUGCAGAAAACAUCGGAGAAGAAAAAUUGGUUUGUCCUCGACUUUUGCCAGCUGGGGUUUAUAGGUAAAAUGUUCAAAUGUGUAGAACUGCCGUACUUGGUUCAGUUCUUUAUAAUGUUCUAUAAUGAUAAACCCGUCGACUGGCUCCUUGACUAUCUGAUACAGACGAAGAGUUGUAGCUUGGACAAAGACACUAAACACUGCAAAAAGGCAAAGGAAAAUGUCUGGAUCCACUUCAAACCUUCCCUCUUUCAACACAUAGGGACGCACUCAUCUCUCAAGGGCAAAGUGCAGAAGUUAAAGGAUAAGCAGUUCGGCAAAAUACAAUUAUUCUUCCCGCACCAAAACCCGACGGCCAUCGUAGAGACGCAGAUCAAACCCUACAAGGCCUUCACGUUACUGCGGGCCUACAGGGGUGAAUCUUACUUCUGGGGUCUACUGCCUCAACAAGGAGAUAAACUUAAAUUUAACUUCGAGCCGCCUGUUGUCUUGAAAGGGUUCGUCUUUCGGAGCGGCAACGUGGAACACCCGUCAGACCGGCUGUACAACACAACAGUGGAAGUGUUGCCCAAUGAACCUCUAGAGAAGAUGCAGGAUUACAAAAAAGGCCUCUUGAGGACUACCCAGGAUGGCUAUAUUGUUGUGGGUGAUUUUGACGACAUGGGCCUGGCGGAAGGGACGAUAGACGAAGCACUGGGGGAGAUCAAGACCCUCAGACUUAAUGUGCACGUAGAGAGUGACAACUGGGCCAUACUGAGUGAGAUAUUUAUCGAAACUCCAGAAUCGAGGUGACCCGACGCUAUGCUGGCCUUCACACUAUGGUGCCACUGUGGGAGUAGAUCCUGCCCACAGUGACCCAUGGCCCACACUACUACCAUCUCUGUUGGCCUUCACACUGUGGGUCAGAGUAGAUCCUGCCCACAGUGACCCAUGGCCCACACUACCACCAUCAUCAUCAGCCUACUGUUAUAUUGUUAACUAUAUGUCUUAUGUAUAAUAACGUAAUGUGUUAUAUAAUACAAUGCAACACAACACAAGCUGCCUUACCUACAACAACACAACAACAGAACACAACACAACACAAGCUGCCUUACCUACAACACAACACAACAACAGAACACAACUCAACGCAAGCUGCCUUACCUACAACAACAGAACACAACUCAACGCAAGCUGCCUUACCUACAACAACAGAACACAACUCAACGCAAGCUGCCUUACCUACAACAACAGAACACAACUCAACACAAGCUGCCUUACCUACAACACAACACAACAACAGAACACAACUCAACGCGUAGU